AUGCAGGCAGAUGUGGAUCUCUUCGAGACCACGAACAGGAAUCAGGAUCAACUGAUAGAACUCGUCGAUGAGUUCUGUCACCUGGGCUGUACGCUGAAGAACAACGGUAGCUACGAGAGAGAUGUUCAGCAAAGAUGCGCUAAGGCCACUUCUGCAUUUAAAUCCUUAACGAAAUGCUUGUGGUCGACCCUCAUCACCAACGAAGUCAAGCUGCGACUCUACCUAUCCGCAAUUCGCCCCAUCAUGAUGUACGGAUCGAAGACUUGGGCAGCACCAUCAAGGGUUAUAGAGAGGCUUGACUGCACGGAACGAAAGCUGCUUAGACUGCUACUUGGCUGUUUGGAUGUUUCGAUCCAUCCACUGUGCCGUUACAGCGGACCUCUUUUCUACUGCGCUAUACCCACCACAUCUAUGGUGCUACUUUACCUAUCUCCUCCUUAA